GUUGAAUUUGAAAUUUGCGAUUAGCGCCACGCAAAGGUAGCGUUAAAAAAGAUGAGAUAACAAAGAGAGGGAUAGAGGCGCACGUAGCCUCAGCAGCCGCGAAUUUUAAUUAAAACCCGUCAGCUAUGUUUUUCCAUCUAUAAAUACAGACCCAAGCAGCGACACUUUGUUGACUCAAAACAUCACAAGAACAACCAUGCAUAUGGCGUUGAACAUAACAUCCAUCAAAGCAUCCUCAAACGGAGUGUGGCAAGGCGACAACCCUUUGGACUAUGCCUUCCCACUCCUCAUAGUCCAAACCAUCUUGGUCCUCGCCGUCAGCCGCUCCCUCGCUUUCCUCCUCAAACCUCUCCGACAACCCAAAGUUAUAGCUGAGAUUGUCGGUGGAGUUUUGCUGGGCCCAUCAGCGUUGGGAAGAAACAAAAGUUAUUUGCACCGUAUAUUCCCUUCAUGGAGCAUGCCCACGCUUGAAUCUGUAGCCAGCAUAGGCCUUCUUUUUUUCCUCUUCCUUGUGGGUCUGGAGCUUGAUCUCCACUCCAUUCGCCGGAGCGGCAGAAAAGCAUUCUGCAUCGCCGCCGUCGGGAUCUCUCUCCCCUUCAUAUGCGGCAUCGGCGUCGCCGUCAUCCUCCGCAAAACCGUGGACGGCGCCGACAAAGCCGGGUUCCCGCAGUUCCUCGUCUUCAUGGGAGUCGCCCUUUCCAUCACCGCAUUCCCUGUGCUCGCGCGCAUCCUAGCGGAGCUCAAGCUCCUCACCACGCGCGUGGGAGAGACCGCCAUGGCCGCGGCGGCGUUCAACGACGUCGCCGCGUGGAUCCUACUCGCCCUGGCCGUAGCCCUCGCGGGAGACGGCGGAGGACACAAGAGCCCCCUCGUGUCGGUCUGGGUUCUCCUCUCCGGCCUCGGGUUCGUCGUCUUCAUGAUUGUGGUUAUUCGACCCGCGAUGAAGGUUGUCUCUCGUAAGGGCGAAAACGACGCCGUUGACGAGAUUUAUGUCUGUUUAACGUUGGCGGGGGUGCUGGCGUGCGGUUUCGUAACUGACCUUAUAGGGAUUCAUUCUAUAUUCGGGGCUUUUGUGUUCGGGUUAACGGUUCCGAAGAAUGGGAGCUUCGCGAGGAGGUUGAUGGAGAGGAUCGAGGAUUUUGUGUUGGGCUUGUUGCUGCCGUUAUACUUUGCCUCUAGCGGGUUGAAGACUGAUGUAACUACGAUUCGUGGCGGUGCGGCGUGGGGGCUUCUUUGUCUGGUGAUAUUCACGGCGUGUGCUGGGAAGAUUCUAGGGACUUUCGUGGUGGCCAUGUUUUGCAUGAUCCCCGCCAGAGAAUCGCUCACGCUUGCCGUGCUCAUGAACACCAAAGGACUCGUAGAGCUUAUCGUACUCAACAUUGGCAAAGAGAAAAAGGUUUUGAACGAUGAAAUGUUCGCAAUCUUAGUACUCAUGGCUCUAUUCACCACUUUCAUGACAACUCCAAUAGUGAUGAGCAUCUACAAAGCAGCGAAGACCCAACGGAAGCUAGGAGACAUUAAUUCCUUGAGUUCCAAGGUAAAUGAGUUCCGAGUCUUGGCAUGUAUCCACGGCCCAAACAACAUCCCUUCCAUAAUCAGUUUCAUCGAAUCAUCUCGCAGCACCACCAAGUCCCUUCUGAAGCUGUUCAUGGUGCAUCUCGUUGAGCUCUCAGAGCGCUCUUCCUCCAUCACCAUGGUUCAACGCGCACACAAGAACGGUUUCCCUUUCUUCAGCCGGUCCCACCGUGACACGUGGCAGGAUCGCCUCGCUGGCGCGUUUCAGGGCUACGGUCAACUGGGCCAAGUCAAAGUCCGGUCAACCACCGCCAUCUCUUCUCUCUCCACGAUGAAUGAGGACAUUUGCCACGUGGCGGAGGAUAAGAGGGUGACCAUGAUCAUCUUGCCGUUUCACAAACAGUGGAGGAUGGAAAUGGAUGAGGAUAAUAAUAAUGAGAACUGUCGUGUGUUGGAGAAUGUGGGCCACGAAUGGAGACUGGUGAACCAAAGGGUGCUUAAGAAUGCGCCUUGUUCGGUGGCGGUGCUUGUGGACCGUGGAUGUGGCAAUCUGCCUCAGACUCCAAGCCCAAUUGUGGCCCAACGCGUAUGCAUCAUCUUCUUUGGUGGGCCCGAUGAUCGUGAAGCCCUAGAGCUGGGGAAGAAAAUGAUUGAACACCCAGCAGUUAAAGUACGUGUUGUGAGGUUUGUUGAAAAGGAUGACCUGAUGAAUGGAAAUGACACUGUGUUAAGCUUCUCACAUGACGAAAAUGGUGACAAGAGUUACAGCUUCUCCACUGCUAAAAUGAACCACCAGAAAGAAAAGGAAUUGGAUGAGAAGGCCGUGGGAAAUUUUCGAAGCAAGUCGAAUGAAAUGGUGGAAUAUGUUGAGAAGGUUAGUGAGAACAUUGUGGAAGAAGUAAUAGUAAUAGGGAGUAGUGGAGAUUAUGAUCUUAUAAUUGUUGGGAAGGGUCGAUUUCCGUCGAAUAUGGUGGCUGGAUUGGCAGAAAGACAAGCAGAGCACGCCGAGUUAGGCCCCAUUGGAGAUGUUUUAACAUCAUCGGAAAAUGUGGUGUCAUCAGUUAUGGUUAUUCAACAACAUGAUGUAGCGUCGGUAGAUGAUGCUCCUGUAUAUAAGGUGCAUGGAAAGCACGACAAGGUCAACGAUAGUGAUUCAUCCCAUAAGGUUGGGAUUUCAAUAUCAAACGACAACGUAGUGUAAUUAUUUUUUUUUAUCCCUUUUGUAAGCAAAGAAGGGGAACAAAUCUUAAGCACCAGCAAAUAGUUCUUUUUAAGUAAAAUUAUAUUUAAAAUAAAUAAAGAUACAAUCACUCCUAAAUUUUUAGUAAGUUAAUUAAAACCACACUGUAUUUUAAAUUAAAUGGGGAGUGAUCACAUUUUAUUUAUUUACUUGAAAAACAAUGUAGUAUAUGGGAAUAGUUGGUCGUUGUUUUUCAACACGUUUCCUGUGAGAUUGUUGUCUUUUUUGGCUUCUGAAAGUGAAUGGUAAAUAAAUGCUCUGUCAACUAGAGUUGUACAUGCAUGUAUUAAUUAGUUUUUGAAAUAUAAAUUUAACUUGAUUUCCUGUCAA